CGAAACUCAAAGGGAAUAGACAAAAAAUGAAGACAGAAGCAGCAAACGAAGCUCCAAGGGCAGCAUGCAGUUGUUAUCCAACAACCGCUUUUUGGUUCCUUUGAAGACACCCUUUUGUUUUGUCACCUAACACGAACCAGAAACCCAUUCAAUUCUCUGAGGUUGUAAAAUUCAGUUUCCCCACUCUCAUAAUCCAAAUCACCAAAAAGACUUCUCAUUUUUUUUAAAAAUUUUCCCCCUUGCUGCAAUUCCCUGCCGUCUGGUUGGAGUGAGAAGGAAGGACAUGGCGGGAGUGAACGGAGGGUUUGAGAAGGAAGCAUGGAAAGCUAAUGCCUCCAUGGCUUUGGUUCAACUCAUCAAUGGAGGCUAUCAUGUAAUUACCAAAGUAGCCCUCAAUGUCGGUGUCAACCAGCUUGUUUUCUGCGUCUUCCGUGAUCUGCUUGCUCUCUCCAUUCUUGCCCCCGUCGCCUAUGUCCGUGAAAAAAGGAUUCGACCUCCUAUGACUAAACGCCUCCUCCUCUCAUUCUUCUUCCUUGGCUUAACUGGGAUAUUUGGGAACCAGCUUUUAUUCCUCAUUGGUCUGAGCUACACAAAUCCAACUUAUGCUGCUGCCAUACAACCUUCAAUUCCAGUCUUUACCUUUCUCUUGGCUCUAAUCAUGGGUACAGAAAGAGUGAAUUUUCUCAAAACUGAAGGUCAAGCAAAGGUUGGAGGUACCCUAAUCUGUGUUUCUGGUGCAAUAUUAAUGGUUCUGUUUCGUGGUCCGGCUUUGCUUGGACAGCCAAAUGCAGACCUUGUUGCCCAAAAUGACCUAAUUUCCAGGGGUCGACCAGAGCCUGCCGGAUGGCUUAUGUCUAGUAUUCUCGAGUUCGGACUCGAUCAUUGGCAUAUUGGAGUUCUAUGCUUGAUAGGGAACUGUAUGUGCAUGGCUGCUUUCCUGGCCUUUCAGGCUCCAGUUUUAGCCAAGUAUCCCGCCAACAUUUCCGUGACCGCGCUUUCCUAUUCGUUCGGUGCUAUAUUGAUGGUAAUCACAUCAUUUCUAGUCACCAAUGAGUCAACAGACUGGCAUCUGACACAGUCCGAGCUUCUUGCCGUCGUGUAUGCUGGAGUUGCAGCAUCGGCUCUUACCUACGGACUCCUGACAUGGUCGAAUAAAAUCCUGGGGCCGGCUUUAGUCGCUCUCUAUAAUCCACUUCAACCUGCGGCAUCUGCUUUUCUAUCGAGGAUUUUCCUUGGAAGUCCGAUUUAUUUGGGAAGUGUUAUCGGAGGAUUUCUAAUAAUCGCCGGUCUAUAUAUCGUCACUUGGGCAUCCUACAGAGAAAGAAACUCGGCUACGGCUAUAAUGCCUCAGGUUGUACGGUCCUCGGAACCACUCAUUCCCAAAGAUGCAUCAAGUCACAAGAACACGUACCAGAGAGCUCGCGUUCUCUCGGAACCAUCGUUUUUGUCAGCAAAGUCCAGCGAUUAGCUGUAUGAUCAGAUCUGAUUCAUUAAAAAUACAUGUUCAAAAUGCCGCAGAGGA